AUGUGUCGUGCCGGCUUUGGCGGUGAACGCUGCAAACUGCGCAAAUGUGGCGGCGAAUACUUUAUAGGGGAUAAAUUUUCUUCACCUAAACAUCCUCAAUAUUAUCCGGAUGACUCUGACUGCUGGUAUCUGAUCAGAGGUCAACCGCCUUAUCCAGUAGGGCUGAAAUUAGAUUCACUGAAUUUAGAGGAAGACAGCGAGUGUAAUUUGGAUUACAUCGAUAUUUACAAGAUUUUCAGUAACAACACCGGAAGUCAUUGGAAACUGGCUUGCGAAAUCAGCAGUCUGCCUAGAAUCCUUUUCGCAACUGAGCCGAACUUGCUGAUGGUGUUCCGGUCCGAUUUUGCGUUCACAGAUUUCGGUUUCAAAGGCACCGUUGUCUCAAGUACGAUUAUUAAUUUGCUGCACGAAUCGCCAUCAUGUUGA